AGAAGGCAAAAGGCAAAAAGUAAUUGUAAAUUACUUCAGAAAAUGGGAGGAGGAGCAUUUGUUGAUCAAACUGAAGUCAGAAAUUAUGAAGGAAGAAUCACAGUUUUUGUGCUAGUCACUUGCCUUGUGGCUGCCAUGGGAGGUCUUCUCUUUGGUUAUGAUCUGGGAAUUACUGGAGGAGUGACUUCCAUGGAACCUUUUCUGGUCAAAUUCUUCCCAUCAGUGUAUAGCAAAAUGAAUGGUAUCAGCCAUGAGAGCACAUAUUGCAAAUUUGACAACGAAAUGCUUACCCUGUUCACUUCUUCUCUCUAUCUUGCUGCACUGCUAGCUUCUUUCUUUGCUUCCAUUACCACAAGAAUCCUUGGUCGUAAACCUUCCAUGUUCCUUGGUGGAUUGUUUUUCCUUGCUGGUGCAUUAUUGAAUGGCUUUGCAACCAACAUUGGAAUGCUCAUCAUUGGCCGUCUAUUGCUAGGUUUUGGUGUUGGAUAUUGUAAUCAAUCUGUUCCGGUGUAUUUAUCUGAAAUGGCUCCAACAAAUAUCAGAGGAGCACUCAACAUGGGGUUUCAAAUGAUGAUAACAAUAGGCAUUUUGAUAGCAAACCUUAUCAAUUAUCGGACUGCUAAGUACCAAAAUGGAUGGAGAAUUUCUUUGGGUGUGGGAGCAGUGCCUGCAUUUUUGCUGUGCAUAGGAUCUCUUUUUCUGAGUGACACACCAAACUCAAUGAUUGAAAGAGGGAAGCGUGAUGAAGCUAAGGCUAUGUUGCAGAAGAUUCGAGGAACCCAGAACGUUGAUGAAGAGUUCCAAGAUCUCAUUGAUGCAAGUGAAGCGGCCAAGCUUGUGGAACAUCCAUGGAAGAACAUCUUGCAAACAAAAUAUAGACCUCAACUCAUUUUCUGCUCUCUCAUUCCCUUCUUCCAACAGCUCACUGGCAUCAACGUUAUUAUGUUUUAUGCACCAGUCCUCUUCAAAACUAUUGGCUUUGGCAGUGAAGCAUCUCUCAUGUCUGCAGUUAUCACCGGAUUAGUUAAUGUCGUCGCCACACUGGUUUCCAUAUUCUCUGUUGAUAAGUUUGGGAGGAGGAUUCUGUUCCUUGAAGGUGGUGUCCAAAUGCUUAUUUGCCAGGUUCUGGUGGGAGUGAUGAUAGCUGUGAAGUUUGGAAUCAAUGGUGAAGGCUCAUUGAGCAAAGGUGAUGCAAACUUCAUAUUGUUCUUGAUAUGUGCAUAUGUUGCAGCAUUUGCUUGGUCCUGGGGACCAUUAGGUUGGUUGGUGCCAAGUGAAAUAUGCGCUCUUGAGGUCAGAUCUGCAGGGCAAGCUAUUAAUGUUGCUGUGAACAUGUUGUUCACUUUUGCUGUUGCCCAAGUGUUCCUCACCAUGCUUUGCCACUUGAAGUUUGGCCUCUUCUUCUUCUUCGCCUGUUUCGUUGUCGUAAUGACCAUUUUCAUUGCUCUGCUCCUCCCAGAGACAAAGAAUGUCCCUAUUGAAGAAAUGAGCAAUGUGUGGAAGUCACAUUGGUUUUGGAGGAAGUUUGUUCCUAAUGAAGAUCAUGAUGCUAACCCCUGAAUUUGAUGAAUAAAGAGCAGAGAAAAGUCAGCAAGUUAGAAACUUAUGUAUGAUAAUGAUCACACACCACUUAUUUGUGGUAACAUUAUAUAUCUCUUCAAGUGUUGUA